GACUAUUUUCAGCUGUGUCUCCGUCCAUGGACCCGGGAGAGCAAACAUCGUCAACACCCGCGCUAUAGCCCUCGUCUCUCCGUACCACCCACAUCUUUCUUGUCAGAUCCAAGACUUUUGUUUGUAGAGUUACAACCAAAUGACGGUCCCCCACGAUGCAGUCUUCCCGCGCGCCCGCGCCGGGCUCGCAUACCAAUGGCCAUGCCCCGAGUAACAUGUCCCGCAUGGGAGAGACAAGGAAUGUAA